AUGGCCUCCCUCACGAAGCAAAAGCUGUUUCAGCAGGUGGAUGAAUUAUUUAGAGAAUUAAUUGCUCUCAAGAGGCCCGAGCGUGUGGUGGACAAGAAGAAGGUGAAGAAGAAGGUGUACAAGACGCAGGAAAAGGCAUUCUUCGAUGAGAUCGAGGCCUGGAUCAAGCAAGUGCGCGAAUUCAUGCAGCUUUCGAAGCUCAGAUGGUGCGACAUCUUCUACCUGCGCAUGCAACACAACAAGGACAGCAUCAAGGCCGAUCAGGUCCAGGCAUUCGAGGCCCUGAUGCGCUGGUACGACAAGCAGUGGUCCGAUCCCGCCAAGAAUCCUCUCGCCGACACCGUGGCCUCCUUCGAGCGAUUCCUCGUCACCCACACCAUGGACCCCGACGGCUGCCUCGUCGGCAUGACCCCCGACUCCUCCAUCCUCUCCAAAUUCUCGUUCUACCUCGAGAACCAGAACCAACAGAUCGACUACGAGGCCGAGGCCUGCCAAGAGAACCUCGCCAAGAACAUUGUGGCCUGGAGCAAGAUCGACGACCUUGACCACUUGGCCCGCGAGGUCCGUCGCAUGGCUUCCAUCUUGAACAGUGUCCGCAGCGUCAACAUCGAGCUUCUGCGCCCUGGGGACUUGGUGGUGGCUGCCUUCCUCGGCGAUGACAAGGAGAGGGAUGCGAAGAAGGGCAUCUACUACGCCCGCUUCACCGGCAAGCGAGAAGGCGACAGGAUCGGAGUGUUCCUGGCGCCGGAGGAGCGAGCCGAGGAGAUGGUCAACGCCGUCUCCGUGUUUCCCUUCACCGACGACAUGAAGGUUCUGCUUCUCGAUGUAAACAAGAUGGAGCGACUAGUGGAGGAUCCCACCAAGUCUCUUUCAAAGGACCUCAACGAAAAGAUCAAGAAGCGAACACUGAGCUUCCUGGCGCAGCAGGGUGUCGACAUCGAGAUCAUCGAGCGGGCGCAGAAGCUGGACGUCACCAUUGCCGAUCUCCCGCAGAUCCAGCGAACAAAGGUCAGCCUCCAGAGCCUGUUCAAGGGUCCCGACGACCCAUUCCUCGCCGAGGUCGAGGAGUUCGCGCGCGCCGAGACCAAGAGCUUCACGUCCCAACUGGGUCUGCGAGAUAUCUUCCUGCCGACCAGGGACAGAGCUCUGCAGCGAUUGCAGAGCAUAUCGUGGUCGGAGCUGCCCCGGGUGAGGAUUCAGCGACAUAUUUCCUCGUGCGAGGAAGCACUGCAACACUUGCAGCUUGAGAAGCGCGAACUGAUGAACGGGACGACGAAGGACAAAACGACGGAGUGGUGGCUGUCCCUCAUCAAGGACGAGUGUGACAAAUUUUUGGAGCGAAGAGGCUAUAAUCCGGACGUAGUCCCCGCUAACUAUCUCGAGGAGCCACCAAAUUCUAUUCAAGCCAUUUUGAACCCCAACGAGGAUAAGCACCAGGUCCAGCGCCUCAUCAAGCGACUCAAGUCCGAGAUUUAUCCGCAGAUCGACCGAUUCAUCAGCAACGCCGAGAUCGUCUUGGCCGAGCAGUUCAACAUUCCCUACGAAACGUUUGCCCUCGAGGAAGCAGAGCUCAAGUUUGCAGCGGAGCGCGAAACCUUGGGCGCUGAAGUCAGGGACUGGAUAGAAGACAUGCUCAAGGACAUCCUCUACCUGCGACAGAUGAAGCGCUUGGAGAAGCCGCAAAACAGGAAAGAGAAAAUUUUGGACAUCGUCCCCGUCACGGGGCUGAUCGUCGGUCGAUUCUAUCGACUCGAGAACGAACUGAGGACGGUGCUGGACGUGUGGGGAGACUACUUUUCCGAGCAGGAGAAGAUGGAGCAGGAGAAGCUCGCCGCGCUGCUCAACACCUCUUCUGCCGCUGUGGCCAUGCGGGAGUCCGCCUCGUUCGCCAUUGUCCGGGGGGACAGCGGCGAGAGCGUCAAGGGCAAGGAACGCGAGAGCAAGGAGAUGACGCCCGUGGGCAGCCUCUCGGAUGGACCGUCCCCUUCGCCCUCGGCCUCGGCCGAAUUCAAGGACAGCACCAGCAAGCCCAGCCCCUCACCUCCUGCCGCCGCGGCCGCCACCCCUGCUCCCGCUCCCGCUCCCGCGCUAGCCCCCGCCACCCAGGACUCCACGGCCGGCUCAGCCAUCGGCAUCGGCGACAUCAGCAGCGGCACCGAGGCGCCACUUCGAGAGCGCACUGAGUCCGUUUUUGCGAAGCGAAACCGACCCCAGUCCGUGCGGCGAUUGGGGGCGUCGCUGGGCUCUCGCGCGGACGAGAUCAAGCGGGAGGGCUGA